AUUCGUAUCACAUGUGAACAAAAAAAGUCAAUUUCUUUGAAGACGGAAAGAGCAACAAUUGCUAUCAACAAUGAAGGAAAAGAGUGAAGUCAUCCAGGAGUUCAGGGAACUCGUUAACAUGUCGGCGAAGGAAUUGAAGGAGUGGCUGAAAGGCGAUGAGUCUGAAGGCGCAGGAUGGCCCAAGGACGAUGCGAGCGGCGAGUCUGUUGGCCACGAUAGCGGUCGACAGAUUGUCGAUAUCCUAGAGGCCAACUCGGAGAAGGACCCGGAAAAGUACACAGAUGAUCAUGUCAGCCACAUGAGAAAGGUUGUAGCCUACAUCAAACGGCACUUGGCUCAAGAAGAAAAGGCGAACAGUAAAAAACCCGUCGAGGAGGUCAAAAAGACCAAGUCAUACGCAUCGCUCAAGAACUGGGGCCAUGAUACUAUCAAGAAGCGUGAAGCAAACGGAGGUGGCGCGGAAGCAGAUGCCGAAGGCGAAGAGCAAGAGGAAGAAACGGCAGAGGAAGAAAAGGCAGGAGAAAAACGAAAAGCUCCAGAUGACCAGUCUGGGACAAGCAAGAAGAGAGAAACAGAGGAUGGUGCUGCGGCAGUAGACAAUGGUGAUGAAGAGAAGGAUGAGCAGGCUGACGUGGAGGAGGAGAAGGAUUCAAAGAAAGGAGAGCAUCCGAAUGGAAAAGAGGGUGGAAACGAAAAAGAGGCAAAGGGUCCUGAGAAGGGAGAUACUGUGAGCUGGAAUUGGGGCCAAGGUCAACCGGAAGGGACGGUCAAAGAGGUGAACCCUGGAGAGGCAACUAUUGAAACAAAGAAAGGAAACGAAGUCUCGCGCAAGGGAAAGGAAGAGGACCCUGCCGUUGUAAUUGAUACAGGAAAAUCGGACGCGGUUAAACUGGCCCACGAACUGAACGAGACGAAGGAUUAGAUUUACCACCAUGGAUCAAAUUGAAUGUGAGGGUUUGAUAAAUAAAUGAGUUUGUGUCUCGUCAUGUAUCUCCUCCGAGUCUAUGGUGGCCGUUCAGACUAGGUAACAUAAUAUAAAAGAACCGUCAGUAUUGGACAUUGACAGCCCAG